AUGAGGCAGGCAGCAGCGAGACUCACGAAGCGUUCAUUCUCCACCGCAAGGCCCAGUCACAGCGACGCCUACAACAAAACCCUCAACAACCUCCGUAUCAAUGCAGAGACAAAAGUCCUCUUCCAAGGCUUCACAGGCAAGCAAGGUACCUUCCAUGCUCAACAAGCUCUUGAGUAUGGCACAAAAGUAGUCGGUGGAACGAACCCCAAAAAGGCAGGACAAACGCAUCUGGACUUGCCUGUGUAUAAGACAAUCGGCGAGGCUAUGCAGGAGACUCGAGCGCAAGCAUCUGCCAUCUUCGUGCCACCUCCUCUUGCUGCUGGUGCAGUGCUUGAAGCAAUUGAAGCGGAAGUGCCCCUUGUUGUGUGCAUCACGGAAGGAAUACCACAAAAGGACAUGGUCUCAGUGACACAGGCCCUCAAAACACAAUCCAAGACGCGUCUCGUUGGACCCAAUUGUCCAGGUAUCAUUGCUCCUGGACAGUGCAAAAUCGGUAUCAUGCCCUCGCAGAUCCACAAGCGUGGCAGGAUCGGGAUUGUCUCGCGUUCAGGCACACUCACCUACGAGGCCGUCAACCAAACUACCCAAGUCGGACUCGGUCAGUCGCUUGUUAUUGGUAUUGGUGGUGAUCCAUUCAGCGGUACCAACUUUAUCGACGCAUUGACACUCUUCCUUGCUGACAAGGAAACCGAGGGUAUCAUUCUCAUUGGUGAGAUUGGUGGUUCAGCAGAGGAGGAUGCAGCAGACUUGAUUAAAGCUUCGGGCACGACCAAACCAGUCGUCAGCUUCAUUGCUGGUAUGACGGCUCCGCCUGGUCGGCGAAUGGGUCACGCUGGUGCCAUUACAUCUGGUGGAACGGGUACAGCCAAGGGUAAGCAAGAGGCCUUGCGUGCUGCCGGUGUCAUUGUCAGUGAGUCGCCUGCGAAACUCGGUCAGCUCAUGUACCAGGCCUUCAAACAGCGUGAUUUGCUUUAG